UCGCGCCCGAAACACCGCUUCUCUAGUAGUGUAGCCAGUUGCGUGCUCGGUUGCGCAGGCGGAACAAGCUAGUGGGAAACGAUGAAGUCGCUGGCAAUGCUGAACACCAUGGUGGCUGCACUGGCAGUAGUAAGAGUUACCUAUGCACAGAAGAUCCCGCAGGAUGUGUUCAAUGAAGGAUUUAGAGGAGGUCAGCUUGAUGUCGGUGGCCCAGUUGGCGGCUUCCUCGGCCAAAUGGAGCCAGGUGCAGGUACAGGCUACGGCAUUCCCGGUGUCGACUACGGAGGUCCCGGAAUCUAUGGUGGAAACAUCUUGGGUGGAGGUGCUCUGACGAACUUGGGUCCCUACGGUCCUGGAUUCAUGAGUGGACAAUUGGGAGGUCUGGUGGGUGGAGGUGCCGAUCUCGGUGCCGCAACUGAUAUUGACGGAAGACGCUUCAGAAAGGAGGAACGAGAGGAUCGCCGGCAAUGGAGAAAAGAGGAACGGGAGAGACGACGCCAAGAGCGCCGGUGGUUAAGAGAAGAAAGGAGGCGGCAACGACAGGAGCGAAGGCGUCUGCGUAAAGAAGCGAAUCUGAGGUAGACCUAGCCGGGUUCGAUGUGGGCUCCUGAAUGGCUGUCAUAGACUUUAAUGGCAGCUUGACCUUCUACUGGAGCUCAUCACACCACGAGGGGACGGAUGACCUGCGCAUUCUCCCGAGAAUGUUCAACACAUCCAUCAAUAAAAAAGG